GCGGUAGUAGCCGUGUGUCCGUACGGCGAUCACACUGGAUGGGACAGUACAGCGCUACAUGGGGGACGCAGGCGACAGCGGCUGGUACCACCGCUCCGACACCCCGGGGGCUCAGACCCGCGCUCUGGAGACAUCUGUAGGGCUUCACGACGCUCCGCCGGCGGGGAUCCACCUGAUCGAAUAACCGAGCCGAGUAUGAACACUUCGCAUUUGAGUGUCUCCUCCUCCUCCGGGCAUGGACUGACCGAAUCCCUCUCCGGAUGAUUUGAUGGGGCUGCUCAGAGUCAUGAUGCCGCCCAAGUUGCAGCUGCUGGCGCUGCUGGCGUUCGCAGUGGCCAUGUUCUUCCUGGAGAACCAGAUCCAGAAGCUGGAGGAGUCCCGGGGAAAGCUCGAACGAGCCAUCGCAAGACACGAGGUACGAGAGAUCGAGCAGCGGCACACGCAGGACAACCUGCGGGAACGGGACUCGUCGGCCUCGUCGCAAUCAGCCGUCAAUGAAGACGAUUUGGUCAUCAUCUACAACCGCGUGCCCAAGACGGCCAGCACCUCCUUCACCAACAUCGCCUACGACCUGUGCGGGAAGAACCACUACCACGUGCUGCACAUCAACACGACCAAGAACAACCCGGUCAUGUCCAUACAGGACCAGGUACGGUUUGUAAAGAAUGUGACUGAAUGGAGGGAAAUGAAACCGGCCUUCUACCACGGACAUGUCUCCUUCCUGGACUUCACCAAGUUUGGGGUGAAGAGGAAGCCGAUCUAUAUAAACGUGAUCCGGGACCCCAUUGAAAGGCUGGUGUCCUAUUAUUACUUCUUACGUUUCGGGGACGACUACCGCCCCGGCCUGAGACGCAGGAAACAAGGAGACAAGAAGACAUUUGAUGAAUGUGUAUCGGCCGGCGGCUCAGACUGUGCCCCCGAGAAGCUCUGGCUCCAGAUUCCUUUUUUCUGCGGUCACUACUCUGAAUGCUGGAACGUGGGCAGCCAGUGGGCUCUGGAGCAGGCGAAAUACAACCUGGUGAACGAGUACAUGCUGGUCGGCGUGACGGAGGAGCUGGAGGACUUUGUCAUGAUGCUGGAGGCUGCGCUGCCACGCUUCUUCAGAGGAGCCACUGACCUGUACAAAACAGGAAAGAAAUCCCACCUGAGGAAGACCAGCGAAAAGAAGGCGCCCACGAGGGAGUCCAUCGCCAAGCUGCAGCAGUCGGCCAUCUGGAAGAUGGAGAACGAGUUCUAUGAGUUUGCACUGGAGCAGUUCCAGUUUGUCCGGGCACAUGCUGUCAGAGAAAAGGACGGGGAACUCUACCUGCUGGCACAAAACUUCUUCUAUGAGAAAAUCUACCCCAAAAACUAAGAGACAUACGUCAAACAGAGGAUCUAAGGAGAAGGACGGAUUCUUUGUGCAGACUCAGAUGUUCAGUCUGGGACUAAAGAGAAGAAGGAAAGUGAGAGUGAGUGUAACAGACUACUGAUGAGUAAUGUGGCUGGUUUGUGUGUGACUGAGCUGCAGGAACAGGCUGCCUGUGACGCAGCGAUCGGACAGCUCUGUUUUUUCACAUCUGUGCCAGCAAACUGGAUGAAGAGCUCGCGUCUCGUCAGCAGGUGGUGUUCCCAGAAUCCCGCGGGCCUCCAAUCCCUUUCACUUCCAUGUCAAAGGUCAUCCAAGCAGAGGGGCCUCUGCUGGCACGUGGUCAUGGGGGACGUUUUCGCGCUCAGCUGAUCGGAUGUCGACUAUGUUUGGCUUCACCACUCUGAUCCUGACGAACAUUUUCAUUGGCUCUGUUGUGUUUAGUUGUAUUUUAACACUUUACUAUGGUCGUCUUUUGUAUGUAAAGACAUUUUUCAAGGUGAAACUUCAUCGUCAUGCCUCACCACCACCACCACUACUAACUUAAAGAGAUUUUCAGUGUAAGAAACUGACUACUGUGCUGUAUUAUUGGACUUGAAUGAGACAUUUUGAGGUUUUUAUGAAAUAAAAAUCCUGUGACCAUGGACUACUCA